AUGACAGCCGAUAAUGAGGCAUUUGAUCCGUACGCUGGAGGCGUCAGGUUAAAUUUGGAAUCUCGUAUCGGCAGCAUCCAAGGCGUCCCGUCCGAAAUUUGGAUGCUCGUGUUCAUCGAGGCCUAUAGUGACCACCAGGAGGACCGACACCGUGGUACGCUGUUGACGCUGACGGUGCGGACCGUUUGCAAAUUCUUCCGCGCAGUUGCCGAGGCGACGCCGGAGCUCUGGUCUUAUCUGGCCAGCGAUUACGAAUUGGCGUUCGUAGAAAAGGCUCUGGAACUUUCACGGCGUCAGCCCCUUGCUCUCAAGCUCUGUCCUCACGACAAGCAUUACCGUCGCGGGCAGAAUGAUCAUUUCCUCAAGCUCGUCGAGAGUAUCCUGCCGCAUUUUGCUCGGUGCAAAGAGCUCGAGGUCAUCGCUUACGUCGGCGGCCUGGACUCUGACAAUAUCCGGUCCCUCCUUUUCCAACACCCGGAAACGGAUGUUGCAACGGGCCUACCGAGUCUGCAGAGGCUGCGCCUCAGAUCCUGCUCGUUCACUUGCGCCUCCCCGAUUUUUCGAGCUACCUGCUUGACGGAACUCACAGUUGACGAGUGCUAUAUCGAGUGCGAGUUUGAGUCGCUUUUACAAGCACUGGGACGCUUGCCUGUCUUAGCCUCUUUAUCGCUAAGCAUCGCGCCCCGGAAUGAUCUCCGACUUCCCCGAGACUGGGGCGCGCGGCAAUCAGACACGUUCGUUACGAUGGAUUCUUUGCGGGAACUGUGCCUAUCGGCCCCGUUCAAGCACGCCGUGUACGCCGCUAUCCGGCUGAGCAUACCCUUCGAGUGCAGGACCUGCAUCACUGCUGAGCUCCGGAUGCGCGACGCUGUCCCGGAACCUGUUCUGCGCGAGGCCCUCACCGCUGCAUUUGAGGAGCGCUUGCGGCGCAUGUUCCCGGACAGCCCUGCUAAGUUAGGGUUGAAAGAAGUCUGCGUCAGGUUUGACGACGGCCACCGACCGUUUGAAAUGUUCGUAGAGCUCUGCCAAUCCACCGAACGCGGGUCAGAGAGCAGGUGUUUUGGCAUACGCAUCAGCACCGACUACAGCCGUCCCGGAGGCUGCGAAGAGCUGGCCUAUGCAUUUCGAACGAUCGUCUCGUGGGACGCGGUGCGCGAUGCCGACGUUUUCCGUGCUGGCAACUUCCCCGAGAACUGGAUGCUAUGGACAACCGUACUUAGCAAACGUUGCUUACUUCGAUGCGUACAAGUCGAAGGAGGGGUCGCCGAUCUCCCCCAGCUCUUGGCCCAGAUGCGUGCGGCUGAAUUUCCGCCGGCCCUGUCGCAGGUCGUUCUACAUAACGCUGAGUUGGGGCUUACGCACUACGAUUUACUCGUCCGCGGCCUCCGCCGGGCGUGCCCCCCCAUUGAACACCCCUCUCAAAGAACGCUCAUCCUUCAAGGCGGAACUACGAUUUGGAUGGGCAGAGGGGCAAAGGAAGAGUACCCCGUUCGCUGUGAGAGGAAGUUCGAGUGCGCCGCUCGCGAGGACUCGCCUUAG